GGGCCGCGGAGAGUGGCCUACGGGGGAGCCUCACCCUCGCGGCGGGAGGACGGAGGGAGCCGGUGCUGGCUGACUGAAGCCGCCGCUGUCUGCCUGGAGGGACUGAGGGGCCCAGAGCCCACGGCGCCCCUGGUCACCUCGGGGUCCCAGGUCUAGAGCCAUGACCCGCGAGUGCGCGCCCCCGGCCCCGGGCGCGGGGCCUCCGCUGAGCGGCUCGGUGCUGGCAGAGGCGGCCGUGGUGUUCGCCAUGGUGCUGAGCGUCCACGCCGCCGUCUGGGACCGGUACUCGUGGUGCGCCGUGGCCCUGGCGGUGCAGGCGUUCUACGUCCAGUACAAGUGGGACCGGCUGCUCCAGCAGGGAAGUGCGGUUUUCCAGUUCCGAAUGUCCGCGAACAGUGGCCUGCUGCCCGCCUCCAUGGUCAUGCCUUUGCUCGGACUGGUCAUGAAGGAGCGCUGCCAGGCUGCGGAGAACCCCUACUUCGAGCGCUUUGGAGUCGUGGUGGCGGCCACGGGCAUGGCAGUGGCUCUCUUCUCGUCAGUGUUGGCCCUGGGCAUCACUCGCCCAGUGCCCACCAACACUUGCGUCAUCUCGGGCUUGGCCGGAGGCGUCAUCAUUUACAUCAUGAAGCACUCGCUGAGCGUGGGAGAGGUGAUUGAGGUCCUGGAGGUCCUGCUGAUCUUCGUCUACCUCAACAUGAUCCUGCUGUACUUGCUGCCCCGCUGCUUUACCCCGGGGGAGGCACUGCUGGUGCUGGGUGGCAUCAGCUUCGUUCUCAACCAGCUCAUCAAGCGCUCUCUGACGGUGGUGGAAAGCCAGGGGGACCCAGUGGACUUCUUCCUGCUGGUGGUGGUGGUGGGGAUGGUGCUCAUGGGCAUCUUCUUCAGCACCCUCUUUGUCUUUAUGGACUCAGCCACCUGGGCCUCCUCCAUCUUCUUCCACCUCAUGACCUGUGUGCUGGGCCUAGGUGUGGUCCUGCCAUGGCUGCACCGGCUCAUCCGCAGGAACCCCCUGCUCUGGCUUCUCCAGUUCCUCUUCCAGACGGACACUCGCAUCUACCUCCUCGCCUACUGGUCUCUGCUGGCCACCCUGGCCUGCCUGGUGGUACUGUACCAGAAUGCCAAGCGGUCAUCUUCUGAGUCCAAGAAGCACCAGGCCCCCACUAUAGCCCGGAAGUAUUUCCACUUCAUUGUGGUGGCCACCUACAUCCCAGGUAUCAUCUUUGACCGGCCGCUGCUCUACGUGGCCGCCACCGUGUGUCUGGCAGUCUUCAUCUUCCUGGAGUACGUGCGCUACUUCCGCAUCAAGCCCCUGGGCCACACUCUGCGGAGCCUCCUGUCCCUCUUUCUGGAUGAACGCGACAGCGGGCCGCUCAUCCUGACGCACAUCUACCUGCUCCUGGGCAUGUCUCUUCCCGUUUGGCUGGUCCCCAGACCCUGCACGCAAAAAGGUAGCCUGGGGGGGGCAAGGGCCCUAGUCCCCUACGCGGGCGUCCUGGCAGUGGGGGUGGGAGAUACAGUGGCCUCCAUCUUCGGCAGCACCAUCGGGGAAAUACGCUGGCCUGGAACCAAAAAGACUUUUGAGGGCACCAUGACGUCUAUAUUUGCUCAGAUCAUUUCUGUAGCUCUGAUCUUAAUCUUUGACAGUGGAGUGGACCUCAACUACAGUUAUGCGUGGAUUUUGGGGUCCAUCAGCACGGUGUCCCUCUUAGAGGCAUACACGACACAGAUAGACAAUCUCCUUUUGCCUCUCUACCUCCUGAUACUGCUGAUGGCCUAGCUGCUGUGCAGAAGCGAGGGGGAGCAGACACAGAGAGGAUGCAGAUGGGCCCCACAGUGGCCAGCCACUUGGGUGUGAAGAGCCAAGGAGUGAAAAGCAGAUUUGAUUUUUCAGUUGAUUGAGAUUCGAAAUAAAAAAUCAAAGCGCCCCU